AUGGAGAAAAGCAAAGAUUCUCUUACAAAGGAAUUGGUUACAACUGGUGCUUUGCUGACAGCAUUCGCUCCACUGGAGCGAGUGAAGAACAUGAUGCAAAACCAGAACGCCAUAAUCAAGUUAGGCCGGCUAUCGAAACCAUAUAAUGGGAUAUGUGACUGCUUUGCUACAACUAUCAGACAUGAAGGCUUCUUUUCACUUUGGAGAGGCAACACUGCGUAUCUCAUUGCACAUCUUUCUGUUCAGAAGACUAACAGUUACACGGGCGGAAAUAGGCAGUUUAAUGGUGUAAUCGAUGUCUUCGGAAAAACCUUGAAAUUAGAUGGCAUUGCUGGAUUGUACCGUGGAUUAAUUAUUUCAGUUGCUGAAACUGGUAUAAAGGCAGCAGUAUAUGUCGGUUUAUUCCCACAUUAUUUACACGUUUCGCAGAACAAUAUUUUGUCAAGGCCAAUGCUAGAAUCCGGGGUUGUCAUUUGUUACGAAAUGGCUGGUUACCGGUUGAAUACAGUGAGCAGAAGGAUGAUGUUGACCUCGGGAGCUGUUAAGUAUAAAGGUACACUGCAUGCAAUUGCACAUAUUUUGACAACCGAGGGUGAGAAGUCAUUUUAUAGUGGUGCAGGGGCACAGAUCCUUGGAUGUGUUGUUUACGCAGGUACUGAAGUGUUAACGGAAGGGUCCAGUCUUACCAUUACAUGGUAG